CUAUACAAGAUUCACUCAACUGAUGCAGUGCACUCUACUUUUUUGAACAUUGAGCAGCGAUUACAUCUAGACAUCUGUAGAAGAACAAUAUCCCUCAUCAAUAAAAUGGCUGUUCUCAAGAUGGCUGCUCAGUUUUUUGGAGAUCUCUUUGAAGUGUAUGCAUCAGAAAGGAAAUCUGGUUUGAAGAACAUUCUGUACCUGAUCUCACUUUGUCUUGUGUUAGGCAUAGGAGCUAGUGGAAUUGUUUAUAUUUGCCUGCAGAAACUAGAGUGCAAUCUCUCAGUGGCCCUAGCAGUGUUUGGAACCCUUUCUGUGGUUAUUCCUGGAGCUCUGUUUCUUUCCAAGUAUUUCAGAUGCUUUGUCCUGAUAUUCCUUAUUUCAUGUGGAACCAAGAAAGGCCGCAAUGCCCUGAUAACAGCUGGUACCAGCAUAGUGCUCUUUAACUGUGCCAAAAAUAGCUUUCACAAUUUAAUGGAAUUAGUAGAUAACUUAAAUUGUUUCUUGGUUGGAAUGCUAUCAUCCAUCAGAUAUCUUUUGUCAAAGUACAAAGAAGCCUUGGAAUGGAUCGGCAAAUAUAAACCAUUAGGAACCAUUAUUGUACAUUUUUCAAAUGAUCUUAAGAUUUAUUCAACAGUUAAUGAUGAUGCUAUAAGAAUAAAGCUCAAUGAAACUACAAUAAACUUAGAGAUCCAGGCUAAGAACAUCAUUUCAAUCAGAAAGAAGCAGGAAAACCGCAUUUGUGCCAACUAA